GAGCAGGAAACGCUACUGACGGUGGAGUUCCUGACGGAGCAGCACCAUAUCACCCUCGACCUGCAUCCCUCCAGAGACCUCCUGGGGGCCACCUACACUGAACCAGACGAGGCACGCGACUGGGUAUCACCGGUUGGCUGCGAGUACCAGGGCGUGGUGCGGGGCGUGGCCGGGUCCUGGGUGGCGCUCUCUGUCUGUGAGGGGCUCAGGGGCGUGGUGGCGGGCGGGGCCCAGGAGCUACUGGUGGAGCCCGCCCCUGGAGCCUCCGCCCUCAGGGAGCCUCACAGGAUCUUCUCCGCCUCCCUUCUCAACAACUCGCCUGGAGCCUGUGGUGUGAGGAGCAGUAGCCACUUUGCGAGCGGCUUCAGAGGAUUCAGACGCAACGUGAUCGAGAGGAGCAGCAACAGCAUGAGGAACAGCAACAGGAACAGCACGAGGAGCAGCAACAGGAACAGCAUGAGGAGCAGCAACAGGAACAGCAUGAGGAGGAGCAGCAACAGGAACGCAACAGAGGAGGAGAGCAGGACUACCUCGCACCGGAGCCGCCGGUCGUCGCCGCCGCUGCGAGGUUCAGGAGAGCUGUGGGACAAGGCCGACACUCGCUUCAUCGAACUGGUGAUGGUGGCCGACUAUACCUUCCAGUCCGCGCACCGCCGCGCCACCCACCACCGCUGCCGCACCAUCGCCAACAUUGUCAAUGCGGUGUAUCGGAAGCUGGGGAUAGUGGUAGUGCUGGUGCACCUGGAGGUGCUGACGACGCCCGGGGAGGUGGACAUCGUGCCGGACUUCGAGAAGAGCCUUGACAACCUGCGGCUCUACAGGCAGAAGUUCAUGGAGAAGAAGUCACACCUUCCUAAUGACAACACUGUCUUGUUGACGAAGGUUGAUUUCACCGGAGACACCGUGGGCUACGCCUCUGUCGGUGGGAUGUGCAGCGGAAUGAACUCGGUGGCCGUGGUGCAGGACAGGAUGGCGCACGAGGGCGUGGUGGCGCAGACGGUGGCGCACGAGAUGGGCCACAACCUGGGCAUGCUACACGACAAGGACGACUGCGACUGCGACACUCUUAAAUGCAUCAUGAGUGCCAGUGGCAAUUCGUAUUUCGAGGCCAACGUCAGCUGGAGCUCCUGCAGCAAGAAGUAUCUGGCCGAACGCAUGGAGUCAGGUUCCUUUGACUGCCUGAAGAACGUGCCGACGAGGCUGGUGGCGGGCAGCAGCUGCGGCGACGGGGUGGUGGACGUGGGGGCGGGAGAGCAGUGCGACUGCGGGCCGCCAGAGUUCUGCGACAACCCCUGCUGCGUCGCCAGCCAGUGCAAGCUCGCCGCCAACGCCUCCUGCGCCUCGGGCUCCUGCUGUGACACGCAGACGUGUCGUGCUAAGAGGAAGGGGGAGAUGUGUCGUGAGGCCCGCACGCACUGCGACCUGCCCGAGUACUGCCCCGGCCAGUCCGAGUACUGCCCCGAUGACGUCCUCGUCAGUGAUGGCACUGCCUGCAGGGGCGGCAAGGGCCACUGUUACCAGGGGGCGUGUGGGAGCCACGAGGGCCGGUGCCAGCAGGUGUGGGGCCCCGAGGCCUUCGUCGCCACCUCCACCUGCUACACCUGGAUCAACAAGAGGGGCGGCUCCGACGGCAACUGCGGCGUCAGCCCCGCCAGCAAGACCGGCUUGCUGCCCUGUGCCCCCCAGGACGCCGCCUGCGGCACCCUUCACUGUGGGACGCGCCUGGGGGAGAAGCCGCAGCUCCCCGGGGGCUACGGCUACCAGACGGUGGGAGGGGAGACGUGCCGCUACAUCCUGGCCUCCAACACCGUCACCUCCAGCACCUGGCUCACUCCUGACGGAGCCUCCUGCGGCCACAACAAGAUGUGUGUCCAGCAGAGGUGUCAGGAGAUCACCGUCCCAGAGGGCGACUGUCGGGACGGGUGUUCGGGUCGCGGGGUGUGCAACAGCGCCGGCCACUGCCACUGUCAGCCAGGCUUCGCUCCUCCAGACUGCUCCCAGCUGGGUGGUGGCGGCUCCUACGACAGCGGACCCGUUUGGCCCCAACGAGAUGUGAAUCCAUUAAUGGAGGCAGCAUUCACCCUGGGCCUCCUGCUGGUGGCUGUGGUCGUUAUCUUCUGCUGCUUGUGGAGUCGCCUGAAAGGGUGGUGGAAACACUCCGGACGGGCCUCCUGUAACCCCUGCUGCGCCGCCUGUAUCGACGCCUGCUGCUGUCCUCUCAUGAACAAACUUACCCACUGGAUAUUCACUGUCCGGCCAAUAGGAAACAAGAAGCAGAAUGCCCAAGAAGAAUUAUCUCAAACACACGAAGAAACAAAUAAGAUGAUCUGUGAGGUGGACCUUGGCUUCAGUGGUCGUCCUCCACAGAGCACGUCGGGGGGCGAGACAGAAGAGAGACUAGUCACAGAUGGAGUCACACUCACGCCCACGGGCUCCCCCGACCUGUGGACGCAGGUGCCCUUACGCUCGCCUCUCGUUCACCACAAAUCUCCUGAAGAACUCGACCGUCCAGAGUAUUUGCAGUCGAUCUCGGUGGAUUCAGGUUGCGUCGCUGACGUAGAAGACGCCACCGUGAGAAAAACCUUCAAAUCACAAAUGUCUAUGACGAGUUUAAUCACUGCAUUCAGAAGAAUUGGUUCUCGCUCCUCUAAACGUGCCCCAGAGAGAGAAAAUCCAAGAUCAAAGGUCUAUGAGAGUCAGAAGUCAAUUCCUCUAAGUCGGUUUGUUGUGGACCCUCUGAUAGGGAAUCGGAGAUCAAGGCAUGGCACGCCGCCCCCAGACAACAUGAAGCCAGGGUUCCGCCGUUCUGUCUCUACGGACGUUCCCGUCACCCCCAGAGACAAGCUAGGAGCGGCCCCACCACCUCCGCUCUCCAAGCUCAAACCCCACAAGAGUGCUGAAAACUUAAUUAGCGUCUCUAAGGUAACCAACAGUCCUUUUAUCCAGGUCGAGAAGAAAGACAAACCUCUCAAGGUAAACAAACACAACAGCCCCAAUGAAGGAAUGCAGAUCAGCAAGGUAAAAUCUUUAGCGCCGCUAGACAUAUCUCCAAGGAUCUCACCAGUUAGAGGAGCGCCUCCGCCGCCCGAACGCACGCCACCGUCAGGAGAUCACGCAAGGAAGCCCUUGAUGCCACCCACGAAAGCAAAGAUCUCAUCCAUCCAUUCCAAAUUGCCUGCAGAAGGGGGUAAUUCAGGAAGCCACACACAGCCACUGCAGGACAUCCCGGAGAAAAGGGUCGACAGCUCUUCUUCAGCGCCUCCUAAACAUAGAGCGGGGCCUAUGAUGCCACCACCUGCUGGGCCUGCAGCCUUGCCCAGCACAAGAGCGCCAUCCAAGGCGCCAGGCUCAAAGCCGCGGUCUGUGGCAGAGGAGAGGACUGCUGGUGGCGCCAGCAAAGGACGUAGUGUUAAAGACAUCGCUCGCCGGCUCGAACAAUUGUAAGACUAAGUGCUUUCCGGAUUGUAAACAAACAUUGUGCAUAGUUUUGUUUAUUCCAUUUUAUUCCCAUAAACAACAAACUGAAAGUUGUACACCCUGAGACCUUGAGUUAGUUCCAAGGAACUAUGUGCCAGCGGCCCCUGGUUGAUUUGCCGCUCCGUAAAGAAACUCAUCUUGAACUAAUA